AUGAGGCGCUGCCCGCCCGCCGCAGCGCAGGCAAUAAGCUGGGCGCUGCGUUUUAGCGAGCGGGCGGGCAGCAGCCACCCCGCGGCCCCACAGCGGCUAACACAGACGGACGGGAGGCCCGCGCCGCGAGGGCAGACUCCGGACAGACCGCCUCCCCUUGGGGCCGCGCCGCAGACCAAUGGCGGCGGCGGAACGGGGGACGGCCCGAGGGCGGGAAGCGGCGUAGGGCGAGAGGAGACCACGCCCGCACGCACCUCGCCUCGCCGCGCCCCCGGCCUGCUCCGGCGGGCUGCUCAUGCGCACUCGUGGCGGCGGACACCGCUCCGCCCCUGGGAAGCGCGGUGGCCCAGGGAGGGAGGGUGGUUCGACGCGCAUGCGCGGUGGGAGGAGGCUGCCGUGUUUUGGCGGGGUAUGGAAGCUUCACAAGGGCCAAAGCUUUUUGCUGGAAUAUUCUGAGGUAAACUAUUUCUCUUUAUUCUUAAAAAUUCAAUUUUCUAGUUUUUGGCUGUUAGCAGCCUAGUUCUUCAAAUAUACACCAUGAUUCAUAUUUAAAUAUAAUUUUCACAGCUCUUCCUGAAAAAUGUAAUGUUCCAUGUAAAUCCAUAAUUUUCAACAUUAGGUAUAUAGGAGAAAAGACUUGUUUCACUAAAUUAUUCUGGACAGUAAUUAUGCAUAUUGUGCAGUGUGCUUUGAAUAGGUUACUGUACCUCCACGGAUUAUUAUUUUGACUGCAUAUAUUAAUUUAGAAAGCAGUUGUAUGCCAUGGGUGAUGCCAUUAAAACUACAAGCUGUGAUGUUAUAGUCAUUACUUAAUCAUUAUACGAAUUAAUUAUUUAUGUUGUUAUUGACUGUUUCCUUUAAAUGUUGGUGUUUGGAAAUUUGGUACACAAAUGCCACGUUGUCACCCAGCCUUGAGUUCUGAAGGAAGAUUUUACAUUGUGGAAUAUAUUCUGUAAGCCAUUUUUGCUAACACAAAAUGCCUGUGUUAUUGAAAAAAUGUCACGUAAUGUGCAUUGCCUUGGAAGCUAGAGCUCCUGAUUUCUAAUUUUAGCUUUGUUACUGUCUCUUUGCAUUUUCUCAGGCAAGAAUCAUAGGUUUAAGACAUAGUGCAUUUAAAAAGUGGCUGCUGGGGCCUCAGAUUUUGCAUUGAAUUUAGCAGAGGAUCUGCCAUGGCUGGCAGAUUCCAGAAAACUAAGCUGUACUUUCUGUAUUCUGUAUUUGAAUCCACUCACUUAAACUAAAAUUUGUGUAAACUAAUUUUCAAAUACAGACCCUUUAAAAGUCAAGGACCUCUAAAGCCAGUAAUCAGAUACUCACCAGUAGCAGUCAUUUCUGAAGGCUACAGGCUUUAGCUAUGCUCAAGUUCAAGUAUCUCAAACAGGCUCUUUUAUCUAUGGGCCUUAAACUGAACAUACACAAUGUUAAGUAAUUGUGUAUUGUUAGAAGUAAGCACAAACACUGGACCUGAGCAUCCCCUUUCAGUGCUCAUCAACUUCCUCAUGACAAUCGUAACUAACUCUUAAGGUUACAGAAGUUAAAAAUUUAAAACACUUAAGUUUGAAAAACUAUUAGUAUCUGCACACUAUUAAUAGUAAUAUUAGUGAAAUACUAUAUUAUCUCAAAGUAGACAGGAUAUUGCAGGGAGUGGAUUCUGAUCCUGAUUAUGGUAUAGACAAAUUAAGGCUAGUAAUUUCAUUUUCUUAUGCCCUUUUCUCUUUUUGUCCUUCUUCAAAGUAGGUCAGACUCACAGUAUAGAGUGUCAAGGACCAGUCAGGUCAUUUCAGCCAAUCGUAGCAAAUGCCUUUUUAUCAAAGGAUUUGUCAUAGUUCUAAAAUUACAGGUCAACAGUCCCCAAAUACAAUUGCACAGUCGUAGGAUGGAUUGGGUUGGAAGGGGCCUCGAAGAUUAUGCAGUUCAACACCCUACCCCAAAACCACCCGAUCAGGUGCUCAGGGCCCCAUGCAAAGUGACCUCGAAUACCUCCAGGGAUGGGGCACCCACAGCCUCUCUGGGCAGCCUGUGCCAGUGCCUCACUAUCCUCUCAGUGAAAAUUUUCCCCAGACAUCAAAUCUAAAUCUCCCCUCUUUUAGUUUAGAACCUUCCUCCUAUGUCCUAUCACUGUCUACCCAUCUAAAAAGUUCAUUUCCCUCCUGCUUAUAAGCUCCCUUUAAUUAUUGCCACUACCAGCUCUCCCCUGGGCCUUUUCUUCUCUGGGCUGAACAAACUCAGCUCCCUCAACCUGAACACAAAGGUUUAUCCCUUCCUUUCCUUCUCCUGCCUGUAUUUUGAAUAAAUUCCCCAGUUUCCUAUCUCAUCUCUGCCAUACAAAAGCAAUAGUAGUAUUGUUCCUUGUGUCACUGCUUAGAUAUUGAUAAAGAGAGGUACAGGUCAUCAGGUGGUUUUUUACUCUAAAUAUACAAAUAUAUAUAUUUACAAAAUCAUCAAACAUCGAUAAUUUUUGAGAGCAAAAUACAGUAAUCCAACCAACCCUGUUGGUUGAGAUUUUAGAACUUAACUGUAUGAAGCUCAUGGAGAGUAAUCUUCCUUCACGUAGAAGGUGGACAGAGUGAUCUCUGAAAGGUCUUUUUCAUCUCUUCUUUCUUGUCUUUGG